AUGAUCGUCGAUGUCAUUGAGAGUGAGUUCGAGUAUAAGCCUGGACGUAAACGGCCCGAAAAAAUGCUCUCCGUCAAAGACGAAAAGACUGGCAUGCUGUACAUUGUGCUAUUACGCGAGUCGUGGUAUGAUACCAGAUGCACAAAAGGGUCUUACAUUCAUAUCAUUGGAAAGUUUGACCGCAGGGGUCAGUGUAUCAUCAACGACGCCAAUAACAUGAUCAUCCUCCAUCCCGACCAUUUGAUAUCUUCAACAGUGGUUGGUGAUGCUUUUAUGUGUAUGCGACGGGCUGUCCUUCAAGACCGAAUUAAGACCACAAGUGUGGCGACCCAGCCUCAGGUAUAUGGAUACAUCCUACAUGAAGUCUUUGGUCAGGCAUUACGACUCAACAAGUGGGAUACCCAGACGUUCAAAGACAUCAUCGACAAGAUCCUUCCCUCCUACAUCGAACCUCUUUAUGAGAUUGGAGUCCAAGUACAAGAUGCCAAAGAGUAUGUUCUGGGGAAAGCGCCCGAACUGAUGGCAUGGGCUAGUGUCUUUGUUGGCGACGAGUUGUCCCCAGACGCUGUCAUUCGUGACCGGAACGGUCUCCUCGUCCCUACCACGAUCAAUAAGCUUCUGGAAAUUGAAGAACACAUAUGGUCUCCUAUGUAUGGUCUCAAAGGGAACAUUGACGCCACAGUCCAAGCUCAGAUGAAACUACCCCAUGAACAAUCUGCCAGGACACUGCUAGUACCUUUCGAGCUGAAGACUGGCAAGAGGGACAAUGUCGAGCAGCAUCGGGUACAAACAGCGCUCUACACCCUGCUGCUGUCCGAUCGAUAUGAUAUUAAUGUGACUUGCGGUGUCCUCUACUACAUGGAAACCUCCAAGACCUUUCGCGUGGAAGGCGUCAGAAACGAAAUACGACACAUGAUCAUCGAGCGGAACGAGCUAGCCUGCUAUGUCCACGACAAACUCGCUUUGCCCCCAAUGAAGAAAAAGGAGCACCUGUGCAAGAGUUGCUAUAUCAAAGCUUCUUGCUUCAUCUAUCACAAAUUGUCGGAAAACGGCGAUGGAGAAACCAGCGGCCUGGGAGAAAAAUUCAACGAAGUGGUCGAUCAUCUCUCCCCUGAGCACCAGGCUUUCUUCAAGAAGUGGGACGACCUGCUGACUCAAGAAGAACGCGACACAAUGAAAUUCCGCCGCGAGUUAUGGACUAUGCUGAGCUCUGAGCGCGAAGCAGUUGGCCGGUGCUUUUCCGAAGUCAUAAUACAGCCAGGAUCUGCUCGUGAGAACCCCUCAACUUCGAAGAUCAACCGGUAUGAAUACACCUUUGUGAAGCACCAACCUCGGCCUGGCUUCUCGUUUGCAGAGUCUCAGAUCACCACUGGGGAGCCGAUUGUGAUUUCGGACGAAAAGGGCCAUUUCAACUUUGCAGCAGGCUUCGUCACCAACGUUCGGCCUACAUAUAUUGUAGUAGCGGUCGACCGAAAGCUGCAACGGGCGCGACGGAAGUUGGCUGACUUCGACUCCUCUAACCGACAAAUAUUCUCGGGCGUUAUAGAGGAACAUGACCGGACUAGAUCUGCAUCAGGGGUUGACGAAGGUCCAAUCCUGUACCGCAUCGACAAGGAUGAGUUUGCAAACGGGAUGGCAACGGCACGAAACAAUGUGAUCCGCAUGAUGGAGAAAGACCUCUGGCGAGCACGAGAGCUUCGGCAGUUGAUCAUUGAAAACAAACCACCAGAUUUCAAGGUCACGUCCACGGGAUACAGCUUAUCCGGACCAGCUUCACAACAAAGUCUCAAUAUCGACCAACAGAAGGCCAUUGAGAAAGUCAUGAGUGCAAGAGACUAUGCGCUUGUCCUGGGGAUGCCUGGAACUGGCAAGACCACAACAAUAGCACAUAUCAUCCGUGCCCUGGUGUCUCAGGGCAAGUCAGUCCUGUUGGCUUCCUACACUCAUACAGCAGUGGACAACAUUCUUCUGAAGAUCAAAGAGGACCAUAUCCCGAUUUUGCGGAUUGGCGCCGUCAACAAAGUACAUCCGGACAUCCAAUCUUUCGCCGAUGUCUCGGGCGUUCCCAAACGCACUAUCGAGGAAUUGCACGCCUCAUGGCACGGAAGUAAAGUCGUGGCCACGACAUGUCUAGGUGUCAACCAUGGGAUUUUCAACGCACGGACUUUCGACUAUUGCAUUGUCGACGAAGCGUCUCAAAUCACGCUGCCGGUAUGUCUGGGGCCGAUCCGCAUGGCGCGCACUUUUGUCCUGGUGGGCGAUCACUAUCAGCUGCCGCCGCUGGUUCAGAACAAGCAGGCUCAAGAAGGCGGGCUGGACGUCAGCCUGUUCAAGCUGCUGUCCGAUGCACAGCCGGACUCUGUGGUGAAUCUUGAACACCAGUAUCGAAUGGCCGAGGACAUCAUGCUUUUGUCCAAAGAGUUGGUGUAUUCAGGCCGGAUCAAAUGCGGCAACGAGGCCGUGGCGAACCGAAUGCUUCAUAUUCCGGACUUGGAGGGCGGACUCGCAGGACAUCACUUCAUGGCAUCGUCGCUGCCCAAUAGUAGGCCGGGCGCCAGCAGUACUGGUACUCAAGUUCAGACGAUUUGUGCCUCCAAGUCCUCGUGCUGGCUACGACGAGCCAUCUCGCCCACGUCUCGGUGUCUGUUCCUCAACACCGACACCAUGUCCACAGACAACAACGCGCUGGCGGCUUUCGAAACCAGCGCAGGCGCACGAACCACCAAUACCGUCGAGUCAUAUCUAGCCGCACAGCUCGUGGCCACCUUGAUCCAUUCGGGCGUGCCGCCGCGCUCGAUCGGCGUCAUCACCUUCUACCGCUCCCAGCUGGCCCUGCUCAAGUCCGACGUCAAGUCUCUGGUUAGAUCUGCCGCCGUUGCCGCUGAUGUCGAAAUGCACACGGCGGAUAAAUACCAGGGCCGCGACAAGGAAGUCGUCAUCCUAAGUUGUGUCCGCAGCAACGCCAACAAACACGUUGGCGACCUUUUGAAAGAUUGGCGCCGAGUCAAUGUCGCCGUCACCCGUGCCCGCAGCAAACUCUUGAUCCUGGGCAGCAAGUCCACCCUGCAGGGCAGCGGCGUGCCGAUUUUAGAGGGUAUCACGCGCAUCAUGGACCAGAAGGGCUGGGUUCUUGAUCUUCCCAUGGGCGCUAGCGAUGCCCAUCUCUUUGAGACUGGGUCCCAACUCACCACCGCUGCGACAAACGGCGCUGUCCCGUCGCAGAAAAGUGGUUCCGGUUCUACUGCAGAUCGCAGGAGCAAAAGCAAAAGUCCCCAGAAAAGAAAACAAAAUCAAACCAAAACGCCUCUUCGGACUCCGAACAAGGUCGUUCGUGGCUCCGCCCUCGUCGGCGACGUUCACAGUUUCUUGGAUAAGAGACCCGUCCUGAGAGAUGUGGUCAAUGACUCCGUCGGCGCCGCCGCUUUUGAUGGUGGCCUUGUUGGAAAGGAGAAUCGAACCACCCUAAGCAAUGAUGUGACGACUACGGAUAAUGGCGCUUUUGUCGAUCUGACUGAUGAUAUGGACGUGGAUAUGGAUGCCGAUUUCGAUCCGGCGGAUUUUGGAGUCUUCUGA